GUCGUCGGAGCCAAUGGGGUUGGAAAAACCACUCUAAUUCGUCAGCUGUUGACGUCAGAAUAUCUAGCCAAUCAGAGCGGCAGCGAUCAAGGUAAGUCACACGAAAAAAAGCUUUUUCUCAUUAGAGACUACUACUACAAAGAUAUAUUAUUCAUUCAUUCACUCACUCACUCCUUCGCUCACUCACUCCUCUUGGAUGAAACCGACUCCUGCCUCUUAGUGUAUUCAGUAAACGACAGAUCGUCAUUCAACCAUGCAAGUACUUGUUUGACCGACGUCCGCAAGAGGUUCGAAUCUAAUCGAAUGUUUGUCGGUUUAGUGGCCAACAAGCAAGACCUCGUCAGGAAUCGACUGAUAUCGACUAAAGAAGGUAAAAAACUUGCCCUAAAACGUCAUUGCAAGUUCUUAGAGGUCUCCGCCCUACUCGAUCACAAGGUCGACCGCCUAUUGGUCAGCAUAAUCAGAGGGACGAGA